AGCAGAAACGAAAGCAAUGGAUCCAUCCCAGAGCGUCUCCGUGUUCGCGUCCGCAUCGGCGCCUUUCCCUGCCACAGAGGGCAAAGCCGCGCCGCUGCUAUUCGUCGCCUCACAGGGCUUCGACAGCAGUCUCCCCCAAGUGUCGCGGAAUGACUACAAGGCGCAGCUGUACAACUUCAAGUGCACCAAAGGUCGCGCCUUUUUGCAGGACCGCCAAGCCGCAGUCACGAGCCUGCCGCGUCUUCUCCCCGACGGCGUCCCCUACGCGGCGAAUUUCGUCUCCUUCGACCGCCUACGCGAGUGCGGCGCCCUCAGCGAGACACGCCAGAACGAAGUCAGCAUCACUGCUGAGGACCUCCGGCUGCUCUACGAGGCGCGGUGCCUGGAUCAGGACUUGGCCCCGUCCUGGCAGCGGGAGGUGCGCUUUAUGGAGCUGGUGAGUGCGAAUUGCAAAGGCAACUUCUUCUGUCUGCCGGAGAACGGCUUCGGCGUCAGCUCCGCGGAGGCGCUGGCGGCCAUUCUCUCCACGAAUCGCCGCUACAGCGUGCUCGACGUCUCCGGAAAUCGUCUGCGCGACGAGGGCGCGCGCUUCAUCGCGCAGCUCCUCAAAAAGAACCGCACGCUGGUGCACAUCGAUGUGGCGUCGAACGAUAUCGGGCACACGGGCGGGGUGAUGAUCGCACACGCCCUCUUAGAAAACAACACGGUGGUGUCGCUGGACAUCGGCGCCCGUGCGGGCGUCAACGGCAAUCACAUCGGCACCCCCGGCGCGGAGGCGUUCGGCAUGGUGUUGAAGAGCAACGAGGUGCUGUCGCGGCUGAACGUCAGCAGCAACGGUCUCGGGGCUGCCGGGGUGACGUUCAUCGCCAACGCGCUCAGCCUCAAUCACUCCUUGAAGCGACUCAACCUAUCUAGCAACAGCCUCGAGGCGGACGGUGCACGCGUCCUCGCGGCGGUGCUGGAGGAGUCGCAGGUCACACACUGGGAGCUGCCGCGCAACCGCCUCGAUGACAAAGGCGGCGCCGUCUUCCUCGACGCGUUGGUGGAAGCCGUCCGCAACGGCCACGACGUCGUGGAGUAUUUGGAUAUGGAAGACAACGUGCUCGGCGUGAAGAGCGCCGAGGCGGCGGGCAAGUUGCUCUCCUCCUCCACCGCGCUGACGGUGCUGCGCCUCGCGGCCAACUCGCUGGAAAGCGGCGUCAAGGCGAUCAGCGCCGGCCUGCAGGAGAACCACAGCUUGACGACGCUCUCCCUGUCCAAGUGCAGCGUGGACCACAGCGGAGCCGCAGCACUGGGCCACGCCAUCGCAGUCAACCGCACGCUUCUCCACCUAGACAUGAGCAACAACCGCAUUAAAGACGCCGGCGCGGUGGAGCUGGCGAAAGGCCUCGGCUCCAACAAGUGCCUCCUGUCGUGCAACGUGUCGUCGAACAAGAUCGGCCACGAAGGCGGUCUCGAAAUUGCGCGGGCGCUGCAGAAGAACGCCACCCUGCGUCACCUCAACCUGCGACGCAACAUGAUGCUGGAGGCGACGGGAGACGCGAUCAGCGACGCAUUGCGAUUGAACAAGUCGGUGGAGCAGAUGGACGUGGCGUACAACGACUUUUCCUACGUGUGCGUCAUGGCCAUCGAGCGCGCACUGGAGCACAACCAGGCGGUGAACAAGACGUUGCUCGUGCCGAAGCUGCAGAGCGACAUUGACAGACUCGCGCCAAAGGAGAAGGAGCUUGACCGGGCCGAGGAGGACAUCGAGGUGGAGAAGCGCAUGGUGCGAGACCGCAGCGAGGAACUUAUGCGCCGCGGAGAGGAGGCCCGCGUCGUGUCGGAGAAGCUGCGUCGCGAGAUCACGGAGUUAGAGAAAGUGUACGAGAAGAUGCGGGCGGCGGCCGACACCGCCGAGGACGCGAUGCGGCAGACUGAAAACCGCGUCAACCUCGCCAUGACGGAGCUGAAGACGAAGCGCGCGAACAUGGAGACCCGCAUCCAGCAGGAGAAGGAGCGCGCCGAUCGCUUCCAGCGCGACACGGAGAAGCUACGCAAGCAGAUCAAGCAUCUGGAGGAUGCGGAGAAGGAGCAGCUGGGUCCGCUCUUGAAGGACCUGGAAAUCACCGAGCAGGACCGCACACGGGAAAUGGACGACGCGAAGUUUGAGGCGGAAAAGCUCGCCACGCUCCAAAUGCGCAUGAAGGAGCUGCAGAUCGCCGCGAACAAAGGCAAAAAGAAGAAGGCGUAG